AUGGCUACAAGUGCCGUUCCCAGCGAGAACCUCCCCACCUACAAGCUAGUGGUGGUCGGAGAUGGCGGUGUGGGGAAGAGCGCUCUCACCAUUCAGUUUUUUCAGAAGAUUUUUGUGCCAGAUUAUGACCCGACUAUUGAAGAUUCCUACCUGAAACACACCGAAAUAGAUGGGCAAUGGGCAAUUCUUGAUGUUCUGGAUACUGCAGGCCAAGAGGAGUUCAGCGCAAUGCGGGAGCAGUACAUGAGGACAGGAGAUGGCUUCCUCAUAGUCUACUCUGUCACAGACAAGGCCAGCUUUGAGCAUGUGGACCGAUUCCACCAGCUGAUCCUGAGAGUCAAAGACAGAGAGUCCUUCCCAAUGAUUUUGGUGGCGAACAAAGUUGACUUAAUGCAUUUACGAAAAAUCACCAGAGAGCAGGGAAGAGAAAUGGCAACAAAACAUAAUAUUCCUUAUAUAGAAACUAGUGCCAAGGAUCCCCCUCUAAAUGUUGACAAGGCCUUCCACGAUCUCGUUAGAGUGAUCAGGUAA